UUUGCUAACUUACGACUGGUGUGGUGUAGAUAGCUGGAUGUUUACCUACUCACGAGCACCGCUGAUAAAAGUGUCUCAAGAACAAACAUCGCGCGAGAGGAGUGAGGAAAAAAUUCGACGCGUCUCCAUUACUCGAACCUUUUCUCGGAGUUUCUCCCUUGAUUUAGUAUUCAAAUUUUUCGUGACUUUCCUGCCAGAUUUGCCACUCUCGCAGCGCCGGGCGACGUGUCGCGUGCGGGUGGGGAAAAGGGGACAAUUCGCUGCUCUAUUGUCGAUGGGAUUUGGAGCGAGGAAGACCUUGAAUCCCCAUCAAUCUGAUGAGAUUCUUGAGAGCUGAAGAGACUUCCGAUCGAGUUCCACCCACAAAAUGCCCAGUCAUGCGUUGACGAAGCGCACAGGAAGACUCUUGGGCACUGUUAUUGAGUGCUUUUGAGAAUGCCAAGAGGAAGAUUCCCUGUUGACACGACAAAUCUUUUAGCAGAGAAUUGAAUUUAACACUUUGAGUUCUGCAAAAACCGACUUAGAUUCUUAUAAUUGAAAAUUUUAAUCAAAAUCUUUGCAUUCUCAUCAUUCUAAUGAUAGAAUAACGUGCAAAACUGAUUAAAAUGUCUUUUAAUAAAUAUGUAUCGACAGAGAAUCUUCUAUAAAAGUCUUGUAAAAUGAUUCAUGUGAAACAAAGAGCAAUUUUAAGAAAUCUUUUACUGCUUGCAAUAUAACAAAUGACGUGUUCUUUUAUCUAUAAGCAAUUGAGAGACGAAAAAACACUUCUGAAAUGCAUUUCGUAGAGCAACUUGAUGCAAAAAUUAUACAUUUUCCAAAACAAAAUCAGUAUUUUUCACUCUCACUGCCAAUUGAAUCGUAUUUGACUCGCUGAUUUGGUUCUUAUUGGCUCAAUUCUGCAUAAAAGCAGUGACAAAUUGAGGUGGUUUGACCCAAUUUCCAGCAGAAUCUCUCUGUCGCAUUUUGCGCGCGAUAACAAUUUAACAUGACUAUUUUUAUGAUAUUGUGUGCUUGCGCGAUAAAAAGCUGGCACAGCGACCAGAAAUUCCUCCUCAUUCGUCAGUUGACACUGUGAAUUGUGGCGGAGUCGCACGUUUUUUCCACUCACUCUCCUGUUAUCACAAGACUCGCCCCAUUAAUAGUCGCCUUCGCCGUGUUGCACGGCGUUUCUGCUCUCUCUCUCUCUCCCUCUCGCCUCAAUUGAAAGCUCACCAUCAGUGUUUAAACAAUUGGAAACUGCGAUAAGACCACAUCAUUCUUCAGUCCUUCUCUUGCAUUUUAUAUUGUUUAUAUUGAAUUUCUGAUGACGCCGACAUAUUUCGGUCUGCACUGCUCGGCUUUCUUUCAACUGGAAAAAAAUCAUUGAGUUUCUAGUGUUCGUGAGCAAUUCAAUUUUGUGUGACCCAAAGAACCUUUUUUCUCAACUCUUAACACCGAUUGUUUGGCACUUCCUCGGGAGGAGUGUGCAUGCAUAAGUAAUUGGAGGGUGAUUUUUUUUUUGUUAUCAAGAAAAAUAGCACAAACAAACUGUGUGCGAGCAGAAGUUGAAGAGAAAGAGAGAAAGAGAGAGAAGUGAGGAAAAAUUUCAAUAGUAUUUCACGCUACUAACCCAGGUGUUGGUGAAUUAAGAGCUCCAUCUAUUCUGGAGUGUAAUGACAAAGAGAGGAUGAACUCGAGGUGGUGGUGCAAAUUGUAGUGCUAGAGAUAGUUGAGAAAGAGGGUGGGGAGAAAUUAUCUUGCCAAGGGAGUGAACCAAAGAAUGAGAAAAUCCAGGAGAUUGUCUCAGAAAGUGGCGGCUGCCGCGGCGGCAAAGACGAAGACUGCCGCCGCCGUCGCCGCUGCUAGUUUGGUACCAAAGAAUGAGCCAAAGGAGGAGCCCCAGAGAGUGACUCAGCACCAGGAGCCAAGGACGGAGAAUGGGACGCGCAAGAGGCGCAGCACGAAGAAGUACAUCUGCGAUGUGUGCGAGAAGAGCUUCCAGGGACUCAACGAUCUGCGCAAGCACACGAGAAUUCACAACGACGAGCGGCCGUAUCCGUGCACGCAGUGCGACAAGAGAUUCCGCCAGGCGGGCUGCCUGAAGAACCACGUGGCGUCGCAGCACGGCAGCGAUGUGCAGUACAUCUGUGACUACUGCAGCAAGGCAUUCCCCAUCAAGGAGCGCCUCAGGCUGCACCUCAGGAUCCACACCGGCGAGAAGCCCUACAAGUGCAAACUCUGUCCUAAGCGGUUUGCGCGCGGCGGUCAACUCUCUCAGCACAUGUUGUCUCACAAUGGUGUGAAGAAGCACAGGUGCAAUUUCUGUCCCAGCGCCUUUUCCUGCUCGGCCAAUUUGAAGUUGCACACGAAAGCGCACAACGACGAGCGUGAUUACACGUGUCACAAGUGUGGCAAGAGUUUCCUGCGUCCGGAUGCUCUGAAUAAGCACCUGACGUGCUUCCACGGCAACGUGAAGGCCUUCCAUUGUCCGAUCUGCAAGAAGAUGUUCAAGGGUCACUUGCCGCAGCACAUGCGAAUUCACAAGAACCUGAAGCCGCACGGCUGCGCCGACUGCGGCACGACGUUCACACAGAGGAGUCAGCUGGUGGUGCAUCAGCGCAUCCACUCGGGCGAGAGGCCGUACCGAUGCCAGGUGUGCUGGCAGGCGUUUGCACACUCCAGCGUCCUGAAGUUGCACAUCCGGAAGCACACGGGCGAGAAGCCCUUCAAGUGUCCGCUGUGUGUGGAACAGGAGACGGCCUUCUCGCAACUGCCGCACCUCAAGAAGCACAUGCAGGCCAUCCACAAGCAGGACAAGCCGUACAUGUGCGACGCCUGCAGCCAGUUCUUCCGCACCAAGAUCGAGCACUUGCAGCACGUGAGCGAGUGCAUGAAGCAGGAGGAGGCGGAGACUAACGGAACGGGAGAGAGUGAUGCUGAGGGGCCCGUGGAGACGCCGAUGGCGCUCAGUCGCAUGCGCCUGCUCGUGGCGGUGUUGAUCAAGAAGAUUUCAUCCGAAGAGCGUCUCAAGGUGCUCGGCUUUGAGAAGCGCCUGAUUGACAAUGUGCUGAUAGAUUCGCUGAAGUUUGGCAAGAGGCCAGUUUGUGAGGACAACACGAAAUCCGAGGCGGAACGGCUCAAGAUCAACAUUCGUGAGCUUCUCGAGUGGACAGUGCCGUCGCACUUCAUGGAGAAGUUCAAGAGUGAGCAGAAGAGCACCGAAGAGUUGCUCGAGGAGUUGGCCAGCUAAAGAGAAAUGAUGUUUUCAAUGGAAAAAUUUCUGCCUAUAGUUGAGAUAAAAGAUGCUUUAGAGUGGAAAACUUCAACCAAAAAAUGCAUGCAUUCACAUCCUAACUAUGAAAUUGUGCACAAAAAUACUAAUUAGACGAAUUUUCUGGUGGUGGGUGGAAAAAAAACUAAUACCUUUUCCUAUUUACACUUCAUUAUUCUCGAUUCUUGUUCAAUUUAUAGGAAUUUAUAGGGUAGAAUUGCUAGUUUAGAGUUCUCAAUUUAAUCAUUGAUUCUAGUCUAUUUGCCAUUUUUUGCCUUCUGUUUUUAGGUGUACUUGAACAAAAACCAACAAAUAUUGCCAUAUUUUACACCAGUGAAAUACCCACCAAUCAAACUAUUGCAUACAUUUAUGUGAAUUUGUAAAAUUAAAUAAAUUUCAAUUUCAUGUUGAUUCUGUUGAUUCAACCAGUUUUCAAUUGAUGUUUCCGCGAGGGGCGCUGA